UGGGUACCUGAGCUGUCACUUGCCUUUACGGAACAGAACAAUAACAUUCAGGGGGAAAAUGGCGGAGGAUAGCGUCCCAGAUUUAACCAGACCUCAAAUGUAUUUAUUUGGUUGUGCACUCAAAUCGGACAAAAAGGAGUUCAAAGUCGAGGUGGAGGACGAUGAUGCGGAUCAUCAGCUGUCACUCAAAGCAGUGUGCCUGGGUGCGGAGGCCGAGGAUAAGUUUCAUACGGUGGAGAUCGAGGGCGUCACAUACGACGGAAAGACCACCAAAAUUCCACUGGCUGUGCUGAAGCCGUCCGUGCUGCCCUCUGUGAGUUUAGGAGGGUUUGAGAUCACCCCUCCAGUAACCUUCCGUCUCCAGUCUGGCUGUGGACCCGUGUACAUCAGUGGACAGCAUUUUGUCAGUGUGAAGGACUCUGAUGAGGAAGAGGAGGAAAACAACACAUCACCUGUGAAGAGGCUGUCAAGCUUGACCUCAGGGAAACGUCCUGCUCCGAAGAAACUGAAAAUGGAGUCAGAUGAUGAUGAUGAUAGCGAUGAAGAUGACGACGAUGAUGAUGACGACGAUAGUGAUGAAGAUGAGAGUGAGGUGAAGGUACAGAAAGUUCCAGCCAAACCAACCAUAAAGAAAAGCCCGGAGCCUUUGGGGAAGAAGCCGAAAAGUGUGACAUGGGCGCAGAAUGGCUCACCAGGGAAACAAUGGGGACCAUCAGCUAAACCUCAAACCAAGACACCAGUGGGAGGAAAAGAAAAAAGGCAGAAGGAAAAGUCUGGAGCUGGCCCAUCCAAUGUUCUCACCGUGCCCGAAAUCAAGAGCAAGCUAGUGUCGGCAGCCAAAGAGGGAAAACCUUUUCCAAAGACCGAGCAGAAGUUUGAAAACUAUGCCAAAAGUGCUUUCAGGAUGUCAGACAGAAAAGUGGUUAGAGACCUCUGGAACUUUGUACAAACAUUGAAAACAGAGAAGAAAUAAGUAAUUGUAUUUCUUACAGUUACAUUAGAUACGUUUUGCUUUCUCUAUGCUUUUAUUUCCCCAAGAACAUUGAAGGUGCGAUGUUUAAACCCAUUACUAAGAGCAUCAGUGAAUACGUGUAACAAUGUCACCCCUGCUAAAGAACUGGUUGUUAGCCUACUGUUGGUGCCCAUCAGGAUACCAUAGGCCUUUGAACUAUGGUGAUGUUUUGCCAACUGUUUUAUAUGUUAAAUAUGACCCAGCCUAUUAAAGGAAUAGUUCAUACAUAAUUUUCAAAUUGCAUAGGCUGUUGUCCGUCGACCCAGUUUUAGGUGCAUAUGUGGGUUAUUUAGUUAAUUUCACCAGCAUCUGGUUAGCUCAGUUAGCUAACCAGAGCUGGUUAGCAUUCUUAGCAUGUCCAUUAGUAUCAUUUGUGGCAAUGCUAGGAUAAACAUUACAAAGCAACCAUAUCACCCCAGAAGAUGAUCGGUAGUAAUUAAGUGCAUGAUUUCAUUACCGUUGCUUUGUGAAGUAACUGGGUUGAUAGAUGGAAGCCUAGGUAAGUUCGGAAAUUAUGUUUUUAUCAUGUAUUUUUAGUUAACUGUUCCUUGAAGGAUUGUGUUUGUAUAAAUCCUGAAGACGUUGUUUGUAAAUAGUCCGUACAAUUUAAUGUGCUAUGAUGGCAGCUUCAGAAUAAUGUAGAUCUGUGUAAUUAUGGUUUUUCAAUCUCCUCUGGUUCUGGCUUCUGUAUUUUAGUAUAUCGUGUUCAUUUGAACAUUUCUCUCUAGUUUAGCAUUCUUUUUUUUAUUUUUUUUAUCCUGUAAACACGUUAUGUUUUGGUCUUGUUAUGUUCUAGCGAGGUUAGUUGUUAAUACUGUACUGGAAAAUAUACUGCUAGUCAAGAACCCUCUUAAAUUUGAUGUCUUGGUAAGUGUAUUGACUGUGGAAUGAUAAGAUACUGUUGUUAACCCAAUUAUGAGUAAAAAGUCAAGAGAAUAGAAAUGGUUUAUUAAAGACAUUUCAUCACUCACUGAGAAAAACGAUCAAUGAACCACAUGCUCCUUUAACUGAAAUUGGAUCUUACAUGUUUAUUAUAUUUGGGCUGAUUUUCAGUUGCAUGGUGUGAAAGUCGACAGGAGGAAGAAAGACAUUGGACAAUUUCAUGAGAGUACUUGUAAUUUGAUUUGCUAUUUGAAGGAUUCUUGAUACGUACGAUGCAUGUCAGUUCAUAGUGGUUGUUUAGUUAUGGCUUGUUAAGAUCAACGUAUCUGUCCAUUUUUAUCUGUCUGUUUUUUAUACCUUUUACCAGAAUAAACCAAAUCUAACCCUGUGGC